AUGCCAUCUUUCCCCAUCUUAAACAGCUUUGGGAAGCUGUGUGGAUCAAGUAAAACAGAAGAAUUGGUGCUGGAAAAGGUGAAAUUUCGAAAUUCAGUCAAACGGAUGUCAAUUAUUGAGGAUGGGGACAUAGCAGAAGUCUUGUAUCUCAUUCCUAAGCAGAGCUUGCUGAAGCAACUGCCUUACUUGAAUCCAGAUGACUACUACUUAUGUGAGCAGUUAUUCGACACUCCUGAGUAUCUGGUGGCCCAUCCUCAGGAGCCUCACCACCCCUCUGAAAAGCCAGUCAUCCACUGCCAUAAAUGUGGGGAGCCAUGUAAAGGUGAAGUACUCCGUGUUCAGGCCAGACACUUUCACAUCAAAUGCUUCACCUGCAAAGUGUGUGGCUGUGACUUAGCACAAGGAGGCUUUUUCAUUAAGAAUGGGGAGUAUCUUUGCACCCUGGAUUACCAGCGCAUGUACGGCACCCGCUGCAACGGCUGUGGGGAGUUUGUGGAAGGCGAAGUAGUUACAGCUCUGGGAAAAACUUACCAUCCAAGCUGCUUUGCCUGUACAGUUUGCAGGCGUCCGUUUCCACCAGGCGAUCGAGUUACCUUUAAUGGCAGGGACUGUCUCUGUCAGAUGUGUGCUCAGCCCAUGUCCCCCGGUCCAAAAGAAUUGUCUGCCUCAAGCAAUUGUGCUGGCUGUGGAAGAGACAUUAAAAAUGGACAAGCUUUGCUAGCUCUGGAUAAGCAGUGGCACCUGGGAUGCUUUAAGUGCAAGGCCUGCGGGAAGGUCCUAACUGGGGAAUACAUCAGCAAAGAUGGUGCCCCUUAUUGUGAAAAGGACUAUCAAGUUCUUUUUGGAGUCAAAUGUGAAGCGUGUCACCAGUUCAUUACUGGGAAAGUCCUAGAGGCAGGCGACAAGCAUUAUCAUCCAAGUUGUGCACGAUGCAGCAGGUGCAACCAAAUGUUCACAGAAGGAGAAGAAAUGUAUCUGCAAGGUUCCACUGUCUGGCAUCCCGACUGUAAGCAAUCCACUAAGACUGAAGAUAAGCUACGGCAUUCCUCAUCUGAGUUCUUUUAUCCAAAGAGUCUGGUUCUGCGCAGGCCACGCUCUGCAGAGCCUACAAGAACAUCAUCAGAAAGCAUUUAUUCCAGACCAGGUUCCAGUAUACCUGGCUCUCCAGGCCACACUAUCUAUGCAAAAGUAGACAAUGAAAUCCUUGAUUACAAGGAUUUAGCAGCCAUUCCCAAAGUCAAGGCCAUUUAUGACAUUGAACGUCCAGACCUAAUAACUUAUGAGCCAUUCUACACUUCUACCUACGAGGACAGACAGGAGAGACAGAGUCUUGGAGAGUCUCCAAGGACUUUAUCACCUACCCCUUCUGCAGAAGGUUAUCAAGAUGCUCGGGAUCGUAUGAUUCACAGGUCUACUAGCCAGGGCUCCAUUAAUUCUCCAGUGUACAGUCGUCAUAGCUACACACCCACCAUGUCCCGCUCACCGCAGCAUUUCCACAGACCUGGCAAUGAGCCGUCCAGCGGUCGGAACUCCCCUGUCCCCUACCGGCCCGACAGCCGCCCUCUCACUCCAACUUACGCUCAGGCCCCUAAACAUUUCCAUGUUCCAGAUCAAGGUGUCAACAUAUAUAGAAAACCACCAAUCUACAAACAACAUGGAGCUGACAUGAGACGCAGAUCAAGUGGAAGAGAAGAAGAUGAUGAAGAGCUCCAGAGACGCCGGCAGCUGCAGGAGGAGCAGCUCAUGAAGCUCAACUCUGGUCUGGGACAAUUGAUAUUGAAAGAAGAGAUGGAAAAGGAGAGUCGUGAUAGGUCAGCCCUUUCUGCCAGUCGUUAUGAUUCUCCAGCACAUGCUUCAGCCUCCAAAACCUCUUCUCUCCCUGGCUAUGGAAAAAAUGGACUUCACAGGCCGGUAUCUACAGAUUUUGGUCAGUACAACAGCUACGGGGAUGUGAGUGGUGGUGUUAGAGAUUUCCAGUCCCUUCCGGAUGGUCAUGUCCCUGGAAUGAGAAUGGACAGAGGAGUAUCUAUGCCUAACAUGUUGGAGCCAAAGAUUUUUCCAUAUGAAAUGCUCAUGGUGACCAACAGAGGGCGAAAUAAAAUACUAAAAGAUGUAGACAGAACCAGGCUGGAGCGUCACUUAGCACCUGAAGUUUUUCAAGAAAUAUUUGGCAUGACGAUACAGGAGUUUGACAAGUUACCUCUCUGGAGACGCAACGACAUGAAGAAAAAAGCAAAACUCUUUUAAUCUCCCUUUAAACAAACCAACAACAACAAAAAGUGAUGCAUAGAAUGCUGUAUCACACAGUCCAACUAUUUGGAAUCAACUACUUUCCACCAAAAGGGAAAAUUGCAUAGUGGCAUCUCUGUACACAGCAAUUGAACAAGAUGAGCAUAUGUCCUCCUGGAGCACAGGGAGAAAGUAUCUGGGCUCACAAACAACAAUGAUAAUUUUUAGAGGUGUCAGCCUUUUCAUGAUAUUACACAAGAUAGGAAACUGUUCUGUUCUUCUCCCUCAAUGAUAUUCCCUUUACUUCACAAUAUGAUGGACUUUACUGCUAGAGCCAGGAAGUGCCCUUAGGAUGCCUUGUAGACUAAAGUAGUUGUAACCACUCCAAGAACUGGAAAAGAAUAUAUGUAUAAAUAUAUAUAUAUAUGUAUGCGUGUUUGCGUGUGUGUGCACAUGUAUUUAUAUCUCUCCAUCUAUCUAUGUGUGUGCGUGGAUGUAUGUGUAUAUAUGUGUAUAUAUCUGGAGAGGAAGAUAAAUGCUCUGUAGUGAAGAAGAAGCCCUUUGCAACAUAUCCACAUGGUCACACUAAGCCUUUCACACAACUGUUCCUUAACUGGCACUCUUAAAAUGACAUCUUUGUGUGAUACAGGCUGCAAAGGUGGGUGCUCUGCUCACUUUCAGUACAUACUGAUUGAAUUUCUGGAAAAUAGGCUCCAUGAACUUGUAUAUAUUUGCUAGGAUAUAGGAAGUGAAUUGCUGUGUCGUCAGUCUUCCCUCUUCCGCACUUUCUGCUUGAAUUAAUAAGGCUGGAGCUUAACCAGUCAUUUGAAUAAUUUAAUAUCACUUAAGUAAUGGGAAUGAUGGAGAAGAAUCAGUUUUCUUGUGACUUAGUCCAGGAGGUGAGUGGAUGGGGGUGGGAGAGACAGAAUGAGAAAAUGCUUUUUCUGGUGUGCCCGGGUUUGCACCCAGAGAUUUUUGGACAGACUCCCUGCUAGUAAUUACUAGUACAACUGAUCAGAGUGCAGUGGAGUUGUAGGAUUUUACAUCAGCAGGGAAGAUGGUUCUCUGCAAGCUGACACAUUAAUUCAUCCCUCUGUGGGAGGAAUGUUUAUGAAUUAAAAGGUACCAUCAAGGUGCCGUGCUCUGCCAAUAGAGGCUUUUUGAGUAAAUUGCAGUUGCUGUUGUCAAUAUGGCACAGUGCAUGGGGCCAAGCACUCUUUAGUUAUUGUAGUUUUUCACUUGUGCUUGGAAAAAGGGCACAGACUUUUUUUUUUUCCCCUCUCUUGAAGCUUCAAAGCUCCAGCCUUGGUUAUUUUUAUUUCCCUUUGUGCCUGACUUGGUUUGUGAAGACAGAGUAAUCAUGCAAGACAGUUUCUGAGCUGCAUUGAAAUCCUUAUUGCUUUCAGUCUUCUUCCAAUAUGCUGCAGCUUAAAAAACUGCCUGUAUAUACCUUAACUGCUUCUGGGCAAGUCCUAUGCAGAGGAGGACAUAAGCACCAAAGUAACUGAAUGAAUGCAUUGUGGCUGCAAAGUCAGCUUUUUCUCUUCAUUGGUGCUUAACUGCCAAUGCAUACUGCACUAAUGAGCCUGCCUCCUGAUACAGGAGAGGGUCAUUUAGGUUCUGUGUCUGUCAAAGAAUAUCAAGGUUUCAUUUUUAAUGCAGAAACUUUUGGCACUGGAGACAUCAGGACCUUUGUAUUGUGUGUUAUGUGAGACAUUGGUGUUAAAAUUUGGAAUUCAGGAAGGGGAAACAGUCCUGUGUAGUUGUGAGAUUCAGUAUCACUGUGUUGAGUUCUCUCUAUCACCAAAAGGCAUUUCACCAGCAAAUGUGCAGGACAGCCCAAAUUCUGCUUCCUUGCUGGUUCAGGAAGUCCUGUUGUGACAGAUCACUGUGGUUCUUUUGCUAAAAUCUGAGUUGCAGAUUCAGUAAAUGAGAGACAGAUACAAGGGGUCAGCACCUCCUCCAUGUCCCUAGAGCUAAGGGAGUGGCGAGUCUAUGAGACAAGCUGGAGAAUAUGUUCCCAUGCAGGUCUGGCAUCACAGUUGCCACUGAAGAGGAGUCCUUGGUGAGCUCUGUGACACAUGCAGUUGUGAAUAAGCUCUCUGGAGUUUACUGAGAUUGCAGCAAGGAUCAGUUCAACGUGUUUUACUUAAUUUUUCAGAACAAGCACCCGAAAAUGUUUUGGAGGCACCCUUUCAGAAGGGUAAGUGGGAAUGUUAGGGGCAUUGGCAGUUUGAGAUACAUUUUUGAGUGACUGUUGAAACCAAAUCCAUGCAAUGAACAGCAGUGCUUCACAGACACAGGCUUUGGGAAUGCUGGAGUCACAUAAAUUCAGGGCUUGUCACUUGUAAGGUGUGGCUUAACUCUGAGAUGAACAUUUGAGAUUUUAUGCAUUUAAAGUAUUAAAAUACUCCAGAUUUUGUCAGUCUGCAUCCUAUAGAUGAUACUGUGCUGCUGCCUCUCACACAUAGUAAGAAUUACAGGUCUUUUAGCCCAAGUCACCUUGCCAAUAAGCCUCUUAGAACUGACCAUUUGCUCUUGCUCUCUCUUGAGGAUGUGAGCUGCCAGUCCGCAUUUUUCUGUCCCCAUCUCUAGAUUACUAUUGAACUUCUCACAGCAUAAAUGAAUAAAUUACUGAGUUAUCUUAAAAAUUACUAAGCCAGGUUGUUUUCUUUCCUCUCCCUCCUCUCAAAACAACAAAAAAAAAAGAAAAAAAAAAAAAAGAAAAAAGAAGGAAAAAAAAAAUCGAAGAAAAAAAAUAACCCAACCUCUUGGCCUGUGAAAAAUAACAGGGUAAUUUGUAUCUGCCUCAUCAACUGAGAAUUUAGAACUGCAAUUGCAACUUGGGAAGGAAUGAAGAGAAGCCAGCUUAUAUGCUGCAGAAACAAUUUCUAACUGGUUCAUGUCUCACAGAUGUGGAGCACAGUUAGUCUGUUCACAGCCCUCUGCGCUAGACUUAAUACUGCUUUAUUUCUGAUUGGAACAUGAAGGGUUUUCUGAGCUUUAAUUUCAUGCCUGUAGGUGAUUCCACUUAACUAUGCCAACCACCUACAUGUAGAGACUCCCCAAGAGAUUGCAUGUCCAUAAAAAACAUGCUCCAGCGAUCUGCAGGGAGUGUGUGUCCUUUCUGCAGUGGGCUGGCAGUGAUUGUCACUGCAACAUUUUCUGUUCUUUCAUCUGGUCUUCCCACCUAAUAAAAACAGAAAUGUAGCCCCAGGGAUAGUUUUCUUUGUAAGCAAUGAAUCAUUUUCCUAAUGGAGUACCAUUUUCUUGGGCGAUUCUUUGUAAUUCCCCUCUUCAGCAUUCCCUUGAGUCAUGUCAGAGGUUGGACUAGAGAUCUUUAAAGGUCCUUUCCAACCCAAACCAUGCUGUGAUUCUGUGAAUAUGCCUUAAGUACAUACUUGGGUUCUUCUAUUUCCUGCAAAACAUUUGAGCUUCUGAUUAAGUCCCAUCCAAUUCGGUGCUGUCAAAAGGUCAUCAUUGCCGAGAGGACUGAAAACUGAUUGCUUUUGUGUUGUUUUUUUCCCCUUUUUUGCUUUAGGAGUGAUGUAAGAGCAAAGAUUUGUCAAAACAUUUAUUUGGGAUGGCAUUGCAAACUAACCACACGUCUGCAAAAUGGGAUCAUGUGCACAUGGAAGUUCUCAGUCACAGGCGCAUGUGUAGCACAUGCACUCCACGCUUGGAGUUGAGAUACUAUGUGAGUAGUUAACCUGGCAUUUCCAAAUAGUGCAUAGUGUUGAAUAGGCAGCAGCCAUGAACUUAUAAAUGUUAUCACUGGUGUAUGAGCUUGUAUCUGCAGGGCUUGUGGAAACCUGGUCCAAGUGCGCAGAGGUGGGAUCAGUUUCCCACACCAUGGAAGUGCCAGGUUGGUCACAGAUAAUAUCAUUUAAAAGGCCUUCUCAAGUGUAUGUGAACAUUGGCAGCACCCAUCACUGGCAGGGCUUAAAUGGAAGGGUAAGACCCUGUGCAGGAGUCUUCAUAUGAACAGGGUAUCCAUAGAUCUAACUUACUGGGUUUUGUGCCCUCUCCAUACUGGUCUGAUAACUUCCAUAUGAACAAGUAGAGAACUGUUCUGCAUUACAGUGAGAACAGCUGGCCAUACCCACUCUACCCAUGCCUUAACUUAAUGUAAGCUCUAGUUUUCUGAGUCAGAAGUUGAAAUAAAUACAUUGUUCAUCAUCUCUGAAGACAGAAUUAAGCCAACCUGAAGAGCAAAUCUGGAAAUUACUAAACUGUCCACUAUUUCUCAGUGAAGCAAUGUGAUCUACUGUGGUCUCAGUUUAGGAAACUGAAUGUAGCAUCUCAACUCUGCCAGUGUCCUAUCCCGAACGUGCUAGACUGUCUGUACAACUGGAAGAGUAAGUUUUUGUGAAGUUUGCUCACAGAAUUUAAGGAUUUUUUUUUAAUUGUUUGUUAUCAUCUCAUGCUGGUUUAUUUUAAGACAGGUUUUAGCAGCAUCUGAGAAACACUUGUUUUCAGUUUGGUUAGUAGCCUUUCAUUAAAUAUUAUUUGUGAUGUGUUGUGGGCACAGCUGCAGUGUGCUGUGAAAGGUUAAACUAGGAAAACAGUAAGUUUCUGAAGAGCUCUAUGUGGGACUAAUAAUGCUUUUACUUCUGUCAAGACAGAUGUCCUUACCAAGUCCCUGUAGUCCUAAGUCUGUGGGCCUAGCACUGAAGUGCUUGCUGCCCUUUCCCUGUUGCAAUUUGGAAAUCCUUUCUCAGCCAUGUAGUUCAGAUGUCCUGCUGCUCAGGGGAGGUCUCUAGGAGUCUCUUUUGUACAAGUUUGUUACACUGAAAUUUGACACAUUUAAGUGAGAUCCCUUUCUGCAAACCAUGCUCCUCCUGGUCAGGUGAUGUCUAUGGAUGGAAAAAGGUUAAGUUCUGGGAAUAAGCUUGAUUGCUCGAUGGUUUGCCAUCGAUGUUUGGCAGACUUGGAAGAAAAGGCAGACAGGAGCUUGUAGUACCUCUUUCAAACUGUGGGGAAGUUGAGUUUGGAGCUCAUGGCUUUUGAGCAUCUACAUUGAAAUUAAUGGCAUGCAGCUGUUACAAGUGAUAGAAAAAUUAACCCCAAAAACAUUAAAAAUAUGAGCAUCCUCUGAACUCGUCUUGGAAUGACUUAUUUUGGCUCAUCCUGACUUAGGAAGAGAUCUUGGCAUAUUUGGGCUGUAGCCUUGCAGAAUAGACUAAAUGGAAACUGUGCUUUCUCUCACCCCAUGAUUUGUUGCUUUCUGUUGGAAUGUAUUUGUGGAGAAUGAUGUCCACAUCCUGGAAGACAGGCAUUUUUUCUAUGGCAGUAAAAAAUACCAGUCAAUGAUAACGAUGAUGCAAUAAAACAUGUGCAGGAAUCAAGCAAACCAACUAAUCUGUCCUGAAAUGCCAGUCAUAUUUCAUCUUGUCAGACAGACAGGGUUGCCUCCACAGCCCUGUUCCCUGUUCAAUUAGCCCCAGGUCAUGGUCCAGUUUGUGCCCUGCCAAACUUUUUGGCCCUACCAACACACUUGCUAGAGUCCAGCAUAGUCUUCAGGGUAGAUGUACAGCAAGGGCUGGUCUUGACAAUAUGUGGUGUGUUUUUACCCCAUUGCUAUGUAAUGAGCUGCAGAGAGCUACUGAGCACUGUGAGAGCAGUACAAUUCAUUGCCUUUCUCUGUUAGUGUAGAAGCAUCUUCAUAGCUGUAGGUUGUAAGACUGCUCUGGCAGGUGAGUUUUGCCUUGUGAUUCCUCCCACACACCUUUCUUUGUGCUUAAUAAGUCAAGGAACAAAAAAAACCUAUCACAAUGCAAAGAUACAGAGCUUUUUGGUCAGACAACUCUGCUGGCAGAAGCUACGUGAUGCCUGCAUUUGGCAGUGAAAGAAUAAGUAUUAUUCAUUUUAAUGUAAGCGUCAGGGCAGGAAGUGGGAAUGUAAUUAGCCAUUAAUGUUGUUUGCCUGUAUGCAAAAUAAAUUAUUUGUUGCCCAAAGGGCUUCUAACAGGGAAAUAGAUUUCUGCUAAUGAUUUCCUAAAGAAUGCUUGUCCGUGUGAAGAGCGAGUAAUUCCGCAUUCAUUGCGGUCCUUCUUUUGAGGUAAAAAGAGAUGACUGAAGGCAAACACUAACCUGCUUUUUCAGGAUCACCACAGUUAAUACAAGUGUUGCUCCUAGGACUUGCAAAGCUGAGGCCCACAGGACCUUGCUCCUAGGCAAUAGGUAAUGAAGCAUUUCAAGCAGCAGAAGCAGCUAUGGGAAUUCCAGCGGUGCCUUACCAGGCUGAGUCUCUAGCUCCCUUAGGCGCUUUGACAGGUCCCACUGGACACUUGCCUGGGCUUUUGUCACUGAACACCCUUCAGAAAGCACUUCCCCCCUCCAGAUGAAAAACCACUGAAAUCAGUGGAGCCUCUCACUGACAUCCACAGGCUUUGGAGCAGGCUCUUUCUUGGAUGGCUAGACCAGGAAAGUCUGACUGCUGUGUAUGCCCACAGCAACAAGCUCCAUAUGACAUUACUGGAUCAGUCCUGUCCAAGCAGUGCAGCUUGGUCAUUGUUGACAACUCUUCCUGCAAGGGGGCCUUACAGCUGGGGACUUUUUUUAAGCUUUGGAAACUAAAACUAAUUUUUCAAAGGUAUAUUUUCCUUUAAAUCAGUAGAUUUUUGGCAAUAGGAUUUUUUAUUAUUUUUUUUCUUUUCUCCUCUCUCCGCUCAAGGUUAAAAACCAGCAUUUGGGGGAGUUGUCCUUGUGUUUUCUGUUCAUCUGUGAGACAGCAUUCUUUCUGAGUCUCUCUAAAAGCAAAUCGAUGUCUUGUCUGUACAGUAAGUCUGCUUGUAUGCAUAAUGAAAAGUUGAGCUGGGUUGCUGUUCUGUACAAUUAGUGUUUCCACUGUCAUACUGCAAACAGCACAUACUGCACUCCUGUGCCACUGUAAUCUGCAUCACUGUUGUACUCAAGUCAAUGAAUAAAGUUUGGAGCUUUAUUCUUAA